CCCACCAACAAGAUGUGAUCAAUCAUCUAGGUUAUAAAUGUAACGCUCUCUGUAAAUGUUAUUCAACUCAGAUUAGCAGGGGCUAGUUUAUUGCAGUAUGGUAUUAUCAUCCCUCACCCCUGGCGGCGGCCCGGACGGGUUGCUUCUUCCGAGCCAGGAUCCGUGGUAUACGGCCCCGCCCGACUUCGAAGCCUCUACCCCUGGAACUGUGCUCCGGGUUCGAGCUGUCCCGGGUGGGCCGACUGUCUUCAGCAAUGCCUCUGCGGCCUUUCAUAUUCUUUAUCGUACCACUGGCUCGCGAUACCAACCAACCUGGGCAGUGACAUCCCUGAUUAUCCCCAAGAAGCCCUUUAUCUCACCAUCCGGAUUCAAUGCCCUGCUUUCUCACCAGCACGCGUAUAACUCGCCGAGUAUCGAUUUCGGACCGUCGUACCGUAUCUUCCAGCCGCCGCCCGCAAACGCGUUCGGCAUUCCCACCAAUCAUGAAGUUGUUGAUACAAUGCUAGGCCGCGGUUGGUUUGUUACCAUUCCCGACUUCGAAGGACCGCGUGCCGCCUUCGGCGCGACCGUCCAAGCCGGACAUGCUACGCUCGACGGCAUUCGUGCUGUGCUUUCUUUGUGUGGUAAUUCGGAAUUUUUGCUCUUGCCUACUAGUGCAGACAGGUUCAAGUAUGCAAUGUGGGGAUAUAGCGGUGGUUCGCUCGCUUCCGAGAAAGCCGCUGAGUUGCAAGUCCAAUACGCCCCUGAGCUGUCAACCGGUUUCGUGGGUGCCGCCUUAGGUGGUUUGGUGAGAGAUGUAGGAUCUAGGUUCAGCUUCACUAACAAAUUGCCCUUUAUGGGGAAUUUGGUCUUGAUUUUAUUAGGUAUUAUGAACGAAUAUCCCGAAGUUGAUACAUAUCUACGUAGCCGCCUCAAGACUGACGGUCCACACAACGCCGCUGCCUUUCUUAAGGGCCGCGAGAUGGAUUCAAUGCAGGCUUUCCAAGCAUAUGCCGGGCAGGAUAUCUGGGACUUUUUUAUUGGUGGUCAGGCCGACUUUGAGGAAUCAGAAGCCUUGCGUAGGAUCAAAAAGGUUGAGUGGAUACUUGGUUUCCAUGGUGCCCCGGAGAUCCCGCUCUUCGUUUAUAAGGCGAUCGGGGAUGAGUUUACACCUAUUUCUGAUACGGACGAUCACAUCGCUCACUACAAGCGGUAUAACGUCUCUAUUCUAUAUGAGCGCAACACGGUCGGUGGCCAUAUUUCUGAGAUCGUAAAUGGCCAAGACAGAGCGUUGGAGUGGCUGAAUGGUGUGUUUAGCGGCUCGCAUAACAUUACGGACCAAGGAGUCGAGAUUCGGGAUGUUACUGUGGAUAUUUAUAAAUCUCCUACUGUUUAAAGUCACACAGUACUCCCUUGUAGAGAAUACGCCAUCUAACAUCUAUUCGGCUACAAUGCAUUAUUAUGUAUGAAC